AUGCCCGAAGCGGACAUGUACGACUCAGCGGAGAUCGAGCUGGAUGGGUCCACAUUGUCCCCUCGACGGAAACGACUUGGAUGGUCACGAUGCAGCGGAUUACACGGUUCACAGGGACGAGCGUGGCGCGACACUUCAAAACGUCGACGAGCACCAUGGAGCUUGAUGUGGUGGAUCGCACUAAUUUGCAUAGUGACCUUUGCAUCGCCGGCCGCUGCUGUCCUAUUAGACUUUGAGAAUUGUCUGUCAGAAUCAAUCCUCGAGUCUGAUCCCCUACAACUACAAUUUGUUCCGACCAACGUGUCCGUCCAUUUCGGCUCUACCAGCUCUUUACAUCCGCUCGUCGUGACUGUCUAUGGCAAUGUGUCGGGCACCGUGUCUCGAGCCAAACAAUAUCCGGCGGCGGACGACCCGGUCUGGACGAAUCCCAAUUGGACUGAUGGAAAGAUCGAAGAUCUGAGCAGCACAAACAACAAAUACAGCACGCUAUUCACAGAAUUCGACGUGCUUAGCUUCUCACCAUUCAAUAAUGCGUCUCGAUUUCAUGAUUCGAUUAUUCAGGGUGACUUCCCGUUGGCACCCGUCUUCAAUUACAAUCUGAGUCAAUUGGACACUUUACGAGCCUUCUCCGUUCAACAUGAUAUGCUCUCGACUUACCGCUUUGGUACCAUCGUCCCGCUGAUGACCAUACGCUCUGGGGAUAUAUCGGCGCUUCCGCUCGGCUGUAUCUCAGUGGAAGUUACACCAGACUUCGGAACGUCCCUCAAGAAUGCGCUCGCCUUUGUCCCUCUGGUGAUUCUGUUACUGGUAGGUAUUGCGACCAUCUCUGCCGCCAUGUAUAGUCCGUGGGGAACAACAGAUCUAUUUCGAUGGACAAGCAACUACGGCCGUGACGAGGAUGUCCUCCGCCUGGUCACCCCCGGGUUUGCGGACUGCCUGCAGUACCUGCAAUUCGUGGUGCUGACCGGCGCUCUUUCGUUGAACUAUCCCGGGUUCUACCAGCCUGCGGUGAGCCAGGGAGCAUGGUCAACCCUCAUGUUCAACCAUAGUUUUGUUGGGCCUGGAGCCGGCCGCGAUCCUGUCGUCGAUGGUGUAUAUGCCAUCGAAGGUACUCAUGGUCUCGACCGAUUGACCCACCUGAUUGGAAUGGCUUCGUCCCGAGAUAUCUGGCCAGGCAUGAUGGUAUGGGUACUGGUAAUCCUGGCCUGUGUGACUGUGCUGUUCCAGGUGUUCUUUGCAAUCCGAUGGCUGUAUCGUGAAUGGGCAAACAACACGGUCCAGGACUUGCGCGCUAGAAACAUGCCGUUCACCCUGGGCAACAUUAUUCGAAUCGUGUUCAACUUUCUUCUCUUGCCUAUCGUUUCGCUUUCCUUCUUUCAGCUGGUUCUUGCUCGCCAAUCGGCUGCUUAUUUUGUUGCAUUGGCAGCAUUGGUACUUGUGGGCAUCGCGUGUUACUCCAUUUGGGCUAUUCAUGUGAUCAUUUCCACUCGGCCUAAGUCUCACCUGUUCGAUGACCUGCCUACGGUGUUAUUGUAUGGGCCACUCUACAACACAUACUGCGAUGACGCAGCGGCUUUUGGCAUCGUGCCAAUCGUUCUGAACGUCGCCCGAGGGAUUGCCAUUGGUGCGCUGCAACCAUCUGGCAUCGCCCAAGUGGUGAUGCUGGCCAUCUGCGAAGUUGUUGCCGUACUCUCGCUGCUGGCUUUCCGACCUUUCCCGGGACCAACUCACAUGAACUUGUAUCAGUGCAUAUUCUCAACUGUGCGGUUCUUGACGGUCAUCCUGAGCGUGGUGUUUGUUCCGUCAUUAACAGUGUCCGACGCGGCACGAGGCUGGAUCGGCUACUUGAUUCUUGUGCUACACGCUAUGGUGCUUAUCUUCGGAUUCUUCCUCAACGCGAUGCAAACUCUGAUCGAGGUUUCGGCAAGACUGGCUGGUGUGGGCGGUGCUGGUGGUGCUGGCGGUGCGACUCGUGGUGGACUGGCCAAGGUGUUUGGCAUGCGUCAGCUUUCCAGGCGCUCCCCGCGACGUGAUCUUACUCGUCAAAGUUUAGGAUCCGAGGCUGCAAUGCUUGCUCACGUUGACGAUCGUAUGUCUUCUCAAUUUGAUGGAUUGCGACCCCGCAGUUUCUCUGGAAGCUCUGGUCUACUUCUGAACCGUGCCGGAGCUAGUGAUGGCAGGGCCAGCGCUGUUUACGACUAUGCCAGUUCUCAAGGCGGCACUCACAGUCGUGCAGCCAGUGGAGGAUUCCCAACGCCCACCUCAACGGCCUACCAAGGAGCCGGCUUCUCUGGCUUCCCUAACUCGCCUAGCAGUGCUACGAUGUCCCACCCCCGCGAUCCUUACUAUCGACCACCUCGUCCUGGGCGGAGAACGCCCCAGGGGAGUAUCUCGUUCGAGAAGGGGAAGAGCCCAUCAAGGGGCUUCUUGAAAUCCAAAGCAAGCCGCCGAGCCAUCAAUACCGAAGAUGACCUGGGAGAUGGGCCGUCUGGCCGGGCCACACCAGUCCCAGCAUACCUAGCAGCGCCCAAGGAUGACAUGGAGCUCGAUACCCCACGCCAGCCAAAGGACUAUGCCGUUCGUGAGGUUGAUUUCUACUACGGUGUCCGAGGCCCACCACUUUCCCACAGCGGUACUCGAAAGUUGAAAACUGGCCCAGCCGACCCCACAGGACCAGUCUCUUCUGCGACGGGCUGGUUCAGAGGCUUGCUUCGAGGGAAGACCAAGGACAAAGCCAAAGGAUUUGAGGUUGUCCGAAGCGCUCGUGCACCUCCCCCAGGCUUAUUCCCGCCAGGGGCCGAAUAUAAUGAGCAAUAUCAGGAUGAGCCAGGCACAGCCUCUGCCAGCCACUCUCGCAAUGUCUCUACUGCCGAUAUCCCUUAUCAAGAUUCAGAUGGCGAGCAAGACAACGGGCGGUCAAGCGGAACACGCCCACCAGUACUGCCACCACUCAAUACGUCAGUCGGCGGGGGCAUCGAGUUGCCCAGUCGGAGUGGCUCGCGUCAAUCGCGGGCGCCCGGUGAUCAAGAUAUAAGGGGAACUGCGGCUGGACUGCCAGUUGUGACGGAGACCCUGUCGCAUGACUCCAGCGUAGGGCAGAAUUCCUCUUACUCUGAGAAUUAUCUCCAGCCGGAAGGCUCCAUGGCCGCUCGCCUGCCUUUCAGCGGCGGCAGCUCACCGUCCAGAGAACGAGGACUAUCCAUGAGCUCCACUACAAGGUCAAGGUCGAAUGCCUCGAGCGCUGGGCAGAUGGGCCCUCGAACUGACCGGCCCUCGAGCAUGGGUUAUGUACCUCAACGCCGCGCACAUGACCAGAUUCACGAAGCGAGUCCAGACGAGCCGUCAUUCAACGGAAGCUCAGCAGAACUUGUUGAUGAAGCUGCACAGGGCGAGCACGAACGCUAG